AUGAUGUACAAAAUUCAAUCGCUUGCUUCUGAAAUUUCAUCCACAAUCAACAAUGAGGUUAAAUUAGCCCAGUUUUUUUCGUUAAUUAUUGAUUUAACUAUUGAUAUUUCCAAAAUUGAUCAGAUGUCAGUUUCGUUACGAAUGGUUUUAAAAUCAGGUAAUGUUGUGGAAAGAUUCAUAGGCUUCUAUACUUUAGAAAACAGCAACGCUGAAGCAUUUGCUGAGUUAAUUUUAUCUGAGCUUGAAAAACGAAACAUUGAUAUUAAACUCUGCAGAGGACAAGCAUAUGAUGGUGCUUCUGUAAUGUCUGGAAUUAAAAGCGGUCUUCAAACUCGGAUAAAAGCGCUUUCACCAAAUGCCAUCUAUGUUCAUUGCUGUUCUCAUGUUUUAAAUUUGGUGACCAUCGAAGCAAUGUCUGUAAACAGCGAAAUCCAGUUAUUUUUUGGCACAACUGAAAAAUUGUAUACGUACCUUACGUCUAGUUUACCACGACUUCAUAUUCUCCAAGAACACCAGAAACGUCUAUAUGAAUCAACAGUAGACACUCUGAAACGACUUUCUGAUACAAGAUGGGCAAGUAGGAAGCAUGCAGUUGAUGCUGUUGUUGAAUCUUUUUCUGCUAUUUUAGCCACUCUAGAAGAUAUAAAUCUAGGAGAAUCCAAACAACAUACAGGAAAUGUUAGAGCAGAAGCUAUUGGACUAUCAGUUUUAAUAAAAAAACAUAUAGACGUUUUAUUUGCAAAACAGUUGAUUGGUGUUACAAAAAAAAAAUUUGUCGAUAUGAGAAACGAUGCAGCUUUUGAAGUUCUACAUUUAGCAGUCAAGUCAUUUAUUAGCGGAAAAUGUGCCAAACUAGAUGUAGAGACUGAACUUAAAGAAAAGCGAGUAGUCAAAAAAAGAUGCAUGACAGGAGAGCUGUGGAGAGAUGAAAGAAUAUAUGACCCAACUACACGUUUUAAAUGUGAAACCUACUUCAAUGUUUUGGAUACAAUUAUAACCCAAAUAAAUGAACGAUUUUACGACUUUAGUAACACAGUUACACAUUUCGACUGCCUUGACCCAUCAAAGCUGUCUGAGGAAAAUAUUAAUUCAUUUAAAAACUUAUGUCAAGUUUAUUGUAACGACGUAAACACUGAAGAAGCAAUUGUAGAGUAUGAAACAUUCAAAGAUGUGUAUGCAUCAAUAUCCCCAUCACUGACAACUGACCUACAAAUAAAAGAUGUACUUCAAUUCUUGAUUGAGAAACAGAUGGCACCCGGCCUCCCUAACUUGUCUAUUCUUUACAAAAUCUACUCGACUCUUCCUGUUACAUCUGCUAAUGCUGAAAGAAGUUUCAGUAAACUAAAGAUUAUAAAAAAUUAUCUCAGAUCAACAAUGACAAACGACCGUUUUUCUGGAUUAGCAUUAAUUUCUAUUGAACGAGAGCUUGCUGAAACCAUUGACUUUAACUUCUUAAUUAAUCGUUUUGCUUUAAUGAAAUCUCGCAAAAAAAAAUUUGUCUAA